AGAUGAAAGCAGUUCACACUCGUUUUCGUUUCUUUAGUCUUGAUAUAAAACCAUAUAAAGAUCCUGCGAGGUACCACAAUCGAGUAACUCGUGCUGCUGCUGGUAGGCUUCCCCGCAUAUAUUGCAACGUCAACCAUGAUUCUCACCAAUCAACUCAUAAAUCGACGUCGCGAAGAAACUUGCGUUGGAAUUACCUCAGAACGAAAGUAUUUUCAUGCAGGGAACGCUUUCAUCAAACGCUCACUGCGACCUUCGGAAUGGCAGGUCAGCCCAUUCAAAGGGACGAUUCACGUCCCGAGAAUGAACAAUGAGCGUUUGCUUAACGAAGCGGCAACUUUGCAGUACAUUAGAGAGAACACAAAUAUUCCUGUCCCGCAGCUGUACGCCUGUUUCGAAGACGAUGAUGCCGUAGUACUUGUUACGGAAUAUGUCGAAGGCGUCGGCAUGCAUGAACUCGACAACGCACAGAAGGACAUAGUCAAGAAAGAGCUCGAAAGGCAUUUAGCAACCUUGCAGAGCCUCAAGUCUUGUCAGAUCGGCGGACCAAGUGGAAUUCUCAUACCGCCAUAUCGAGCGCUGGCCAAGACCUUUCAGAACGAAUGGACUUUGGCACCAUUCGCGAAGGACGAACUCGUCUUCUGCCACAACGAUCUCUCACAGCAGAACGUAAGAGUCGAUCCGGAAACACUGAAGAUCACGGCAAUUGUGGAUUGGGAAUAUGCUGGCUUCUGGCCAUCGUGGUGCGAAUGGCGGUUUUUCGAACGACUCGGUUCGUCCGCUGCAAAGGGAGACGAAGUGGAUGAUUCUGCAAGGAUCAUAGAGUUGUUACAAUCUCAGCUUGUGCAGAAAGCAGUGUGAGUUUGAUUACUCAUCAAUGUACUAUCGUCGCAGACUAUGAUAGAUUCGAAAUUCUGGUCAAUCUGCGUGAGGUUCAAUUGCUUUGUCAAACGCCAUGAUCAUUCGAUCAUGCAACACAGAAGCAGGUCCGGUGGGAGUUUCUGUACGCAGCUUGUCAAUGCGCAGAAAGAGGGUGUCUCUCAAGAUUCCAAAGGACACUGUA